UUUUGAUUGCGUGCGGAUCCGAAGAAUGAGAAAGCAUUGUGGUGCUUGCUUCUGUUUUCCGGUUCAACGCCUUGCAGAGAAGCUGGCCGGGGCACACCGCAUGGGUUGGUUCAUUCAUUUCCCUCUUCGGAAUGUUCUUGGAAGCCAGGUCGAGCUCUUAAGAGACAAGGCAGUGGGUGCUCCUGCUUGAGGAAAAGUCUGAAUCGAGCCAAUCGACCAAGUGGUCUGCCAUCGAUAGCUCUCAUUUAUUGCUCCUCUUUACGUUUGACCGUCACGAUGGACAUCCAUGGAGCCGCAGAUAACACCAACCAAUGGAAGACUCUUGUUUGGCUCUACCCUGUUGACGAUUUUGACAACAUGAGUGAAGAAGACAGGACGGUGGCAAUCUGUCUGGAAACAUACGACGGCAAGCUUCGCAACUAUCGAGGAUCAGCAACGUUUGAUCGAUUUGCCAACAGUGCUAGCUACCGUUUCCUUUUGUCGGUAUACAGAGUGCAAGAUGUCAAGCAAGGGGACGGACUUGUCGUUGAACAACUCGGAGACAACGUUGAAACAUUCGAGCUUCGUCUUACUAGUCGCUUCACGUGGACGUUGGAGGCCAACAAAGUAAAAGGAUCGAAGACGAAGGGGCGAUGGAUUACUCUUCUCUUCAACAGAGAUGAAGAAGCACGAACUCCAGAUGGUAUCAAACAAAUUGACCUGAUCGUUCCCAAAUCGAAAACAUCUGAUAAUGGAAAGCUUCUCGAGCUUGCAGUCAAGAGUGCAAAGCUUGUGGUGGAGGCCACAAUUGCAACUAAUGAAUUCGAAGCAGCAAGAGCUGCUGCAGCAUUACCCCAGCAAACGUAGAGAUCCAAGACACCGGUUGCUCUCACUCCUCACAACUAUUAGUAGCGCCUGUUGUCUAUAAUCUAG